GUCUCUUGUUGUACCAACGAGCACAGAAGGCUAAAAUGUCUUACUGGAAACAGAGAACAGCAGGUUUGUGUUCAUGACUCAGUGUGAACAGCAGGAAUCCGGCCGAUCGCAUUAGAUGGACGAGUUUCUUCAUCGGGGGAAUUCCUGAACCCUGUUGGGUAAUAAUCCUCUCCUCCUCCUCUCCAGCUCAUUAUAUCACCCCGACUUUAAUGGAGCUCAAACAUACGAACUCCUGAGGAGCAUCAUGAAGUUGGAUUUGGCUGCAGCUUUGUUUCUGUCGCUUGCUUUUAUAUCACCAGUUUGGUGUCAGCAGGCUGUAAACUGCAGAUGGGGUUCUUAUGGUCAGUGGUCUGAGUGUGACGGCUGCACCAGGACUAAGGUGAGAACUCGCCAUGUGGAGGUUUACGCCCAGUUUGGUGGUUCAGCGUGUUCAGGAGAAGCCACCGAAACACAGCCGUGUGUCCCAGAGAAAAGAUGCCCCCUAGGAACAGGCUGUGGAGAAAGGUUCCGCUGCUCCUCUGGUCAGUGUAUCAGCCAGUCUCUGGUGUGUAACGGAGACCAGGACUGUGAAGACGGUCUGGAUGAGCGAAGCUGUGACCAGGACAACAAUCAAUACUCAUGUGACCUCGAUAAAAGGCCUCCCAACUCCGACUUCACAGGCCGAGGGUACGAUGUGCUGACAGGUAAACUGAGGGCAGGUGUGAUCAACACUCUGAGCUUUGGAGGUCAGUGCAGGAAGGUGUUCAGCGGUGACCAUAAAGCCUUUUACAGACUCCCAGAGAACAUCCUCAGAUAUAACUUUGAGGUGACAGUGGACAACGAGGAGAGCGAUGAAUCCUACGAGAGCUCCUGGUCCUACAUGCAGCACAUCCAGUCCAAUGCUUUGUGGGGACACGACCGCCGCACUUUUCACAAAGAUCUCACUGAAAAUAAGGCCCACAGAAUCAUAAUCCUGAAGAAUAAAGUGGAGCUGGCCCAGUUUCAGAACUCAGCUCCCCAGUACCUGACUCUGUCCCAAGAUUUCUGGAAGGCCUUGUCCUCGCUGCCCGUCACCUACGACUACUCAGCCUACCGACAGCUGCUGCAGAAAUACGGCACUCAUUACCUGUCUGAAGGCUCGCUAGGAGGCGAAUACCAAGCCCUGUUGGAGCUGGACCAGCAGAAGCUCCAAUCAUCCAGUACAACAAAUAUCGAGUACCAGAGGUGUUGGAGGAAAGUGAAGCGACGUCUCUUCAGGAAAAAAGUCAAAACUGUCUGUGAAAAACUGACUAAAUCUUUUGCAUCCAGUGAUGGACACAGUUCAACCACUAUGCCCAUCAAGGUGAAUAUUUUCGGAGGAGAUCCAGCCUUCAUCACUGGUCUGACUCGUCUGGACCUGGAAAACCCCGAAGCCAACGGAGAAAUGUACGAUAACUGGGCAUCGUCUGUCAAAGACUUCCCAGAAGUCAUAGACCAGAAGCUGCGUCCACUGUACGAGCUGGUGAAGGAGGUUCAGUGUGCAGGUUUAAAGAAGCUCCACCUGAAGAGAGCCACAGAGGAAUACCUGGCCGAGGAGCAUCCCUGCCACUGCCGACCCUGCCAGAACAACGGCCAACCGCUGCUCACCGGAUCCGAGUGUCGAUGCGUCUGUCGGCCGGGAACAUCCGGACGAGCCUGCGAGAGGGGAGCAGUGAUCGGAGAGAAACCAGGCGUGGUCCACGGCAGCUGGAGUUGCUGGUCCUCCUGGGGAUCCUGUUCUGGAGGUCAAAAGUCAAGAACCCGAAGCUGCAACAACCCGACGCCCAGCAGAGGAGGACAACACUGCAUCGGACCACAGACGGAGCAGAAGUCUUGUGAGGAUGCAGACAUCCAGUAUCUACAGACAAUGGAGCCUCAGUGCUUCAGUCUUUCUGUAACUCCACCUAAAACCUGUGGGCCGCCUCGAACCCUCAGGAAUGGAUUUAUUCAGAAUCCCAAAGAUUUUUACGUGGUUGGAAACACAGUGCAGUACUCCUGCAUCGACGGGUUUUACCUCAGUGGAAACGCUGAAGCUAAAUGUGCUGAAAACCAGAAGUGGAGCUCAGAAGCAAUGGUUUGUAAAAGUUCCACAUGUGGACUUCCUCCAAUCAACAGCUUAGUUACAGCCACGCCCACCAAAACAGCCUAUCAGAUCGGAGACAGCGUGUCCUUGUCCUGUCCAGUCGGGUUGUUUCUGGAGGGUGAAGUGUCCGAGGUUAUCUGCAGCCCCAGCCUGCAGUGGUCUCCAUCUCCUGCUGAUGCUCGCUGUAAAGCGGCACCUACAACUCCGUCUCCUCCAGCCGGCCUGAAGUGUAAAGUCUGGGAGAACGUAGGGAAAACUGGGUGUGUGUGCAAAAUGCCAUUUCAGUGCUUGGCUUCCCUGCAGCUGUGUGCCAGACUGGGCUCCAGUCAACCCCAUCUGUUGGGCGUUUGUCAGCUUGGAGCCCUGAGAUGUAUGGGAAGGAGCUUUACGUUGGCCGGCAAAAGCGACUGUAAGUGGCCAGAAGAGGCGUUUACUUCCUGUGAGGCCUGCAAACCUGGAACUGUCUGUCAAGAAUCGGCCAGACGAUGCGGCUGCCAGAAUGCAUCAGAUUGCCCUGCAGACUCCGCCCCUCUAUGUGUCCGGUCCAGUGACGGUACCGGUUCUGUUACUAUGACUGAAUGUGAGGUUGGAGCCAGACGAUGUGCUGGAGAGCAGAUCAAUGUGAUCGGUAUCGAUGCCUGUCCAGAAUAAACAUGGUUGGUGUUCUUUUUCACGCUGCACAUUAGGACAUUUCUCUCUUAAAGCUGAGGUAGGCAGUAUUAUUUUUGGCAGCGUCGGCCAAAAAUUCCACACUAACCUUCCUUCAAUCCAUCUAUUGAUUAUAACAGCUUUGUUUAGUUAAUAUAGGCAGGUUUACUUUUAAAAAAUGCAGUGUGAUGAGUUUUUUUGUGUCCACCCAUUCUGCAUGCAAAAUAGAUUACAAUCUAGGAACAAAAGUCCAUAUUUUAAAAGAAAUAAGCUCAUUGUCUAACCAAAUUUUACCAAACUGACUCCAGAUCAAUACACAAAUAUUCCAAAAAUGUGAUGAAACAUAAAGAGCAAUAAAGUCCACAUUGAAAGUAGGAACUGAUGGUGCAACAGGAUAAACAGAAGAUUUACAAAUUUACAGGGGGAUGGGUUUGGAAUUUUGCCACAACGUUAUUUUUGUACGUUUGAAAGACAUUCAUGUAAGUUGCAAGUUCUAACUUUGUCCAUUUCACCCUUUUCUAGAUUUUUGCUUACUGCAGCUUUAAUGACUGAACUGUAAAUAGAAACUAACAUUUUUCUAACACUUGUCAUAUUUGUCAUGGAGGAUUAAUAACUGAAGACAUUUCCAUGUAAAAUGAGUGAUUGUUUUUGUUCUAGAAAACUAAUAAAACAUUUUCUUGAA